ACAAUAUUGACAUUGACAUUUGAAAGCUUAACAGUUGUUUAUGCUUUAUGUAGGUAUUUUUAAUACAAAAACAAUCAAUAUUUUGUUUUAAUAUUAUAAUAAUUGCUUAGUUCUUGUACAAUGGCAUCAGAAAAAGAUCCGCUCGUGAGUGAAAGAUCAGGAGCUGUGCGAGAAGUAGGGAACCAUGCAAUAUGGAGCUUAUCAUCGUGUAAACCAGGUUUUGGAAUUGACCAGUUGCGGGAUGAUUGUAUGGAUACUUAUUGGCAAUCAGAUGGUCAAUUACCUCACCUAGUCAAUAUUCAGUUUCAAAGGAAAACUAUGGUUUCUCAUAUUUACAUCUAUACUGACUACAAACUUGAUGAAAGUUACACACCGAGUAGGAUUUCUAUUAGAGCUGGAACACAUUUUAAUGAUCUACAGGAAAUUGAAGUGAUUGAAUUAAUUGAACCAAGUGGAUGGGAAAUGAUACCAAUCAAAGAUAUUCAUGAACGGCCUAUUAGAACAUAUAUGAUUCAAAUAGCAGUGUUAAGCAAUCAUCAAAACGGAAGAGAUACACAUAUGAGACAAAUAAAAAUUCAUUCUCCUUGUGAACCUACUUCAUUUGAUAUUAACAAAUUUAGAAAUUUUUCUACUGUAGAGUUUCAGCAAUAUGCAACUAUUCGAUAAUAUAUUAUUUUUUACCUUAUUUUCUAUUUUUACAAAAUUAUACGUAACAUUAAGAAAUUAAUAUUAUUUAUUGAGUAAUAAAAUAAUGACAUGCC